CCCUCGUCUCAGUCCUCUAAAACAAGAGCCGCGUCCGUGUCUAGACUUCAGCAGCAGCAUGGGAGACAGUUGAGCCUUCAACACAGCCUUGAGAAACCAUUGCCAGAGCCGCCGGCCUCAACAAGUCCCACAACGCCUCCGACGGGGACCCACGCUGCCUUCGACAACAUUUCGCAGAGCAUCGGCGCCGUAGACCCGCCCCAGAGCCGCUUCCUCGAGUCCCGGCUAGAUAACCGGCUGGAUAGUAGAAUAGGUACCAUGGACUCGGCGAGCUCGGCUGCCGCAAACCAGAUGUACGGUGCCUCGGGCCAGGAGAAUUUUUACACUCAGGAGAUGACGGCCAAUAUGGGCGGCCUGAGCGCGGCAAGAUAUGCCAGCGCUGAUGAAUAUAGAGAAGCUCAUAGAGAUACGCAUAGGGAGCCACACAGGGAGGGACUAACUCCUCGGAGCAACGGCUCGGUAUCAGCAGGUAUGUCGCCCGCGAUUGUGCAGCAACCUCAGGCGCAGACCCCGUCUGCCACUCCAGUCGGCGGUCCUUCUCAGGGGUCUGGGUCUUCAGCACAUCUGUCCGGGUUGAUGUGCAACGUACAUCGAACGACAGGCCAGGAGCCUCCGCCACUGGUUGGAGCCACGACGACGAUUCUUGGUGACAGCCUGUACGUGUUUGGUGGCCGAAUUCUCUCGCGAAGCCGUCCCGCGCCCCUGACCUCUGACCUAUAUGAGUUGGAUCUCAUCCGCCGUCACUGGACUCGGCUCGAGGUGACUGGCGACGUUCCACCACCGCGAUACUUUCAUUCCAUGUGUGCUCUUGGAGGCACCAAGAUGGUUUGCUAUGGUGGUAUGUCCCCAGCGCCAAAUCAGCCCAUGGGUGCGGAUCAGCAGCAACCCGAGGUUACCGUCAUGUCCGACAUUCACAUCUACGACGUACCGACAAAGAAAUGGUCUUACGUCCCGGCGCAAGACGCCCCCCAAGGCCGUUAUGCCCACUGUGCAACCAUCCUCUCGUCCUCUGCCACAUUUUCGUCCAAAGCCGCCCCUCUCUCUGCCCUCCAGCACAACCCAUCCAACGGCAACCCCAAUGAAGGCCGAAUUGGUAUUAAUAUCGACGGCUCAGGGGGCGCUCAGUUGAUCAUUGUUGGUGGACAGGAUGGUGCGAAUCACUACAUCGAACAGAUUAGCGUCUUCAAUCUCAGGAGUCUCAAGUGGACGACAAACCAACCUCUAGGAAAGAGUUGCGGUGCUUAUAGGAGUGUCGCUGCAUCGCUUCCUCCUGCCGUAAGUGCGAGAAUUGGAAUGAACGCCCAGAACGGCCAGCAGCGUACCGAUAGCACCGCCGGCCAAGAACCCGGAUCAUCAAUGCUCAUCUACUCCAACUACAACUUCUUGGAUGUCAAGCUUGAACUUCAGAUUAGGUCUCCUGAUGGGACCUUGACCGAACGGCCCAUGACAGGAAGCUAUUCGCCACCCGGCCUUCGCUUCCCCAAUGGCGGCAUCAUUGAUACUCACUUCGUGGUCAGCGGGACAUACUUAACGUCAUCGAAGCAAGAAUAUGCACUCUGGGCUCUAGACCUCCGAUCUCUCACUUGGAAUCGAAUCGAUGCGGGAGGCAGCGUCUUUAGCCAGGGCAGCUGGAAUAGGGGCGUCCUGUGGAACCGACGGAAUACAUUUGUCAUUCUUGGCAACAGAAAGAGAAGCCUGGUCGACGACUACAAUCACCGACGUAUCAACUUCUCCAACGUUUGUAUGGUGGAGCUGGAAGCCUUUGGCUUCUACGACAACCCGCGCAAGACGGACCCCAUGUCCGGCUUUAUCUCUGCCAGCAGCCCUUACUCCGGGCUGAGCCUGAGCCUUGCACGCAAAGCUGGUUCUACGGCCGGCGGCCGCUUCCACUCUCGAGCGAGCGAGGACUUGGGAGAGAAGAUACUCUCAUUCCGAGAGCUUGCCGAUAUGGACAUCCUAUGCAUCGGCGGCGAGCGGAUACCUGUAAACUCUCGAAUUGUUGCGCGAAGAUGGGGUCCGUACUUUGUCCAGCUUCUGCGAGAAGGCACAGCAACACAGGAUGGUAGUGACGCCGUAACCUUGCGAUCCGGCCUGUCGAGCAAUCCCCUACGCGCGUCGGCGUUGACCAUCACGCCAAAUCGAAACUUUGACGAUACGGCAACGCUGGUUGGUAGCACGGUGGGCUCUAUAGGAGGCUCCAUCUCGGGGCCUUCUGGAGGCACAGGGCCUGUUAUUCAUCAUGGAAUAGGAAAUACAACGACGACACAGACUGACGACGCGGCUGCAGCCAUCAACAACGCCCCAACACCUCGCAGCUUGAUGCCCAACUCGAGGCCACGGUGCCUCUAUCUUCCACACACGUACCUGACCAUUCAGUCUCUGCUGCACUUUUUGUAUACUAGCUCUUUACCCUCGCCGACCUCUUCGUUGUGCACACCGCAGAUCCUCUGCUCUCUCCUACAAAUCGCGCGUCCAUAUAGAAUCGAUGGACUACUCGAAGCCGUCGUUGAGCGUCUACAUGCUCUGCUCGACAGCAGGAACGCAGCGGCAGUGUUUAAUGCGACGGCCAUGGCAGCCGGUGGAGGUCGUGGCAUCGACGGAUCUCUGAAUCCCAACUUCUUCGUUGGCAGUCUGGAUCCUGUCGGGUCUCCGGUGUCUACAUCGGACUUCUCCCUCAGCGGCACUACAGCUAACGACUCCUUCUCAUCGGAUCUGGCUUCGCGUACAGCAAGCCUGAGUCUUGCCGGAGGUCUCCAGCAUCCAGCACGUUCAUCUAGCGGCGAGAUUUCUGCGUCAACAAGCGCGAGCGGAUCCGAAUGGGGAUCGGAGAUGGGUGAUAAUGAGCGCGAUGGCGUCGUCUGGAACGGAGAGCUUAGCAGCGUCAUCGGUCUGCAAAAGCGAGGUCUCCGAGGACUGAUGGAGGGCCGGAGAAUGAGAGAGAGAACAGGAACCGGGACUGGAGGUGCGGCAGGCAUGGGAGCUGCCGGCAUUGCAGGGUAUGGAGGCCAAGCUGGCGGCCAGCGUGUGGGAUUGGGCAUUGCCGGACCAUGAUUGAACAAGCCAGCGGAUAAAAAAAAGGAGGAGGUGAGGGAGGGGGGGAGGUGAAGGGCAGCUUGAAAAACUCUGAUGUUUAUAUCAUGAGCGAUUUUGAUCAUUUAUGUAGAUAUCUUUUUUGAUGGAGGAAAUGCGCUUUGUUCUUUCUCUUUU